AUGCACGCAGAGAGACAACAGGCGCACUGGGGAACAGACGCACCACAGAUAUGGAAAUGCACACAAAAUGCUGCGCUUCGGAGCUGUGACAAGCCACUGCCUGUGAAGACAAUAAGAGCCAAAUAAAUCAGCAGCGGCCCCGGAACAUCACCUCUUCGAGCUAUCACGGAGGCAGCCUUUGCCGCAGAAUCAUUCUGCCACAGCUCCUGCCGAUGCGCUUCAGCUGUGCAGGAAUCCCUCCGUUUGGUUUGCAGGUUCCGGACAAAAUCAGGCGGCGUUGACGACUGUGUGCGGAUACUGUUUGUGAGUGCACCUCGACCGCGUCUCUGCACACCACAAGCACCUGUACCAGGAUGGCGUUAACGAUUUGCACGAGGUUUACCGACGAAUAUCAGCUGUUCGAGGAGCUGGGCAAGGGAGCGUUCUCUGUGGUCAGGAGGUGUGUGAAGAUUUCCUCUGGACAGGAGUAUGCUGCCAAAAUCAUCAACACCAAGAAGCUUUCUGCCAGAGAUCAUCAGAAGCUGGAGAGAGAGGCGAGGAUUUGCCGCUUAUUGAAGCACCCCAAUAUUGUACGACUCCAUGACAGCAUAUCAGAAGAAGGCUUCCACUAUCUGGUAUUUGAUCUGGUGACAGGAGGCGAACUGUUCGAGGACAUCGUAGCCAGGGAGUACUACAGUGAGGCUGAUGCCAGCCACUGCAUACAGCAGAUCCUGGAGAGUGUCCAUCACUGCCAUGUUAAUGGGAUAGUCCACAGGGAUCUGAAGCCUGAGAACCUUCUAUUGGCCAGUAAGCUGAAGGGGGCGGCGGUCAAGUUGGCUGACUUUGGGCUGGCUAUCGAGGUGCAGGGGGACCAGCAGGCAUGGUUUGGUUUUGCUGGCACUCCGGGCUACUUGUCUCCGGAGGUUCUGAGGAAAGACCCAUAUGGGAAACCGGUGGACAUGUGGGCCUGUGGUGUGAUUUUGUACAUCCUCCUGGUUGGCUACCCUCCAUUCUGGGAUGAAGACCAGCACCGCCUCUACCAGCAAAUCAAGGCUGGAGCCUACGAUUUCCCAUCCCCAGAGUGGGACACUGUAACUCCUGAGGCCAAAGAUCUGAUCAACAAGAUGCUGACCAUCAACCCGAGUAAACGCAUCACUGCCACAGAGGCUCUCAAGCACCCUUGGAUCUGUCAACGGUCCACUGUAGCUUCCAUGAUGCACAGGCAGGAGACUGUGGAGUGCCUGAAGAAAUUCAAUGCCAGGAGGAAACUCAAGGGAGCCAUAUUGACCACUUUGCUGGUCACAAGAAACUUCUCAGCAGCCAAGAGUUUGCUCAACAAGAAGCCAGAUGGCGUUAAGGUCAACAACAAAGCCAACACAGUGACCAGUCCCAAAGACACAGGCCCUGCCCCUGCACUGGAACCACAGACGACUGUGAUCCAUAACCCAGUGGAUGGGAACAAGGAGUCCAUUGAAAGUGCCAAUACCACCAUAGAGGACGAGGAUGUGAAAGCCCUUCGUCUGGGCAGCUUUGUGAGCAGUAUCUUGAGCUCAAAGGGCCGUUCCUCACAGAUGUCUGAGCCAAGGCAAACUCCCAUCUCCUCAGUUCAGACCUGCACCAAUAACAAUAAAGCUCGUAAACAGGAAAUUAUCAAAGUCACUGAGCAGCUGAUUGAGUCGAUCAACAACGGAGACUUUGAGGCCUAUGCGAAGAUUUGUGACCCUGGGCUGACCUCCUUUGAGCCUGAGGCCCUGGGCAAUUUGGUGGAAGGACAUGACUUCCAUCGCUUUUACUUUGAGAAUGCCCUGUCUAAAGGGAAUAAGCCGGUGCACACCAUCCUGUUGAACCCACACGUGCACCUAAUUGGGGAGAAUGCAGCCUGCAUCGCCUACAUUCGGCUGACCCAAUACAUGGAUGGCAGCGGCAUGCCACGCACCAUGCAGUCUGAGGAGACCCGUGUCUGGCAUCGCCGUGAGGGCAAGUGGCAAAACAUCCACUUCCACCGCUCCGGCUCACCUAGCGUCCCAUCCCAACUUCUGCAGUUAAUGGAGUAUCCUGAUUUGGUCAAACAGAUCCCAUCAGCAGAUCUAUAAGAAAGGCAGUCAACUAGCCAACCCCUGACUGCUCUCUCUCGCCCCGACCCUUCUCUAAGGACCGACAUCGCACAGGACAAGAGUAUUAAUACAUUUUACUGUUAUGGCAUUUUAUUAAUGGACAUCAUUCGAACCACCACUGGGUGGCUGCACACCGUAUUUGGACAUUAUGAAAUGAGCAUAUUGAUGACAUUUUUUUUUUUGGUUUUGUUUUGUUUUUUAAGCUGUUUUGGUAUGCAUUUUAAAUAUAAUAUAGAAAUGUUUAAAAACUACUACUGUAUCCUCUCCCAAAAAAAAAUAGUUCUGUAUUUUUAUGUGUAUUUAUGUGUGUGCAAUUCAAAACAUUUGAAAGAUCAGAAUGUUAAAAUUGAGCUUGCUUUAGUACUGGUGAUGUAUAUAUACAUUGUGACUGUUGACAAAAACAAAACAAACACACUGAAAUUGCUAUUCUUGCUAUCAGAGGAAUUAAGAGUUUAUGUAAAUCCAGUUUAUGAGCUACAUUUAUGUUUGCUAUGAGCUAAGUCAUACUGUUUGAAUUGUCAGAUUUCAAGCUAUAAUACUAAUUUAAUUGUAAAGAAGAGCAGAGCAGCUUACACUUUGCAUUGAGAUAUGUUUGCCUUUAUAUCAGUGAAAUAAGAAAUAAGAGAAUGUAGCAUAUAUGUAAUAUAUGAAAAAUCAAGACUAUUGUGUAGUGCAUGGGGGGGAUAUUGUGAGUAAGACCAUAUGAAACUAUAAUAUCUUCUGUUUGAUUUGUGAAUCACUGACUUGUUUGUUUGCAUUUGUUAAUGUUGUGCAUCAGUCCUGUCUCAGAUGUUUCUAAUGUCCUCCAGUAUCAUGGAACUGUUGUAAAAACAAUAAGACAAUUAUGGUUAGCAUCCAGCAUAAAUAUCAAAGCGGCAUAUCCUAAGAGGAGCCCAAAUAAACUCCCUCUUGCUGAAGCACCCCUUACAUUUUGUAUAAAAAAUAAGAAGGAAACGAGCUCAUUUUUCAUAAUGUUUGUACUUGUAUUGUAUGACUGUACGUAGGAUUUCUGUUGUCAUUUUAUUCUUGUCAUUUCCAAUGUGUUAUUUUGCCAACAGGGCAGGGAAGGUAUGGAGCAGAGACACGUUGAGAAGAUUAACCUCUACCUUCAGUCAGGUCAGGUUAAGCUCAUGGCUCGGCUAACUAGUCUGGAACCUGCCGUGAGGGGCUUGGGAUUGAGAAAGCCUGCAGUCAGACAGGAGAGGAUGGUAGGAGGACAGUGAAUGAGAGAAGAAGUGUAGGAAUGACUUGAGAGGAGGAGUGUAAUAAAUGUGAGGAUGUCUUCCUUGAGGAUCAGUGCUUCUUCUUCUUGCCAGUGGUCUCCUCGCCACUACAGGACAACGCCGGUGUCUUCUUCAUCCUUCCUGUUGCCUGUUUUCAGUUGAGUUGUCUCUUCUUUUUUAAGGGGAAACUAUGGUAAACAUUUCUUUUAACAAAACGUAUGAUGUCAAUGCAAUGCACCACUCCUUAUAUGGUGUGUGUAACCUGUUGCCAUCACGGCAAUAGAUGGCUAAACAUGUUUAAAAAAUAAAUAAAUCUAC